UCCAGCCGGCAAGUCAUGUUUUAGAGCAGCCCACAGGCAAAGCAGCGCAUUUUGCACAGGACAUUUCUGCACCGCAUCUCUUCUUUCUCUUCCCUCGUCGUCCAACUCCGCACCGUUUGGCCGUACAGCCGCGCCAUCUUGUUGUACGGCACGGCGAGAGCCCUGUCGGGUCUCCCGCAAGGCGCCAUGUCCGCACGACGGAACCUCGAACGAUCCAUUUGCUUACGAUAGCACCAGGAAGCCAAAUAUGGAUGCAGGAAACUCCGCCAAGGAAACGGUCCUCAUUACAGGAGGAGGUGGUUAUUUUGGCUUCCGUUUAGGUUGUGCCUUGUCUGAAAGAGGCAUGGAUGUGAUUCUCUUCGACGUCUCCAAGCCUGUCCAAGAGAUGCCAGAAGGUAUGACAUUUGUACAGGGCGAUGUCCGGCAUACCUCUGAGUUGGAAAGAGCUGUCCGAGGCGUGGCUUGCAUCUUCCAUAUCGCCUCCUAUGGAAUGUCCGGCCGGGAGCAGCUGAACCACAAACGUAUAGAAGACGUCAACGUGAGAGGGACUGAGAAUGUUAUCCAAACUUGUAAGAAAAAUGGCGUCUCAAAGUUGGUUUACACAAGCACAUACAACGUGGUGUUUGGAGGCCAAGUAAUUGAAAAUGGAAACGAAUUGUUGCCUUAUCUGCCUCUCCACCUUCAUCCAGACCACUAUUCAAGGACCAAAGCUCUAGCAGAGAUGAAGGUUCUGGAAGCAAAUGGGACCUUCUUUGAAGAUGGACAAGGGGUGCUGAGAACCUGCGCUCUGAGGCCGGCUGGUAUCUUCGGACCUGGAGAACAGAGGCACCUCCCAAGAAUCGUUAGCUACAUUGAACGGGGGUGGUUUCGGUUUGUGUACGGGGAUCCCGGCAGUUUGGUGGACUUUGUCCACGUCGAUAAUCUGGUUCAAGCUCACGUUUUAGCAGCGGAGGCACUAGGAGCCCCCCAGGGGUACAUUGCAGCUGGACAGGCCUACUUCAUCUCAGAUGGCCAACCUGUGAAUAACUUUGAGUUUUUCCGCCCCUUAGUGGAAGAUUUAGGCUACGCGUUCCCAACUCUCCGCCUUCCCCUUUCGCUCAUUUACUUCUUCGCCUUUCUCACUGAGAUGGUUCAUUUUGUGGUAGGCCGGUUGUAUAACUUCCAGCCCCUCCUGACUCGCACGGAAGUGUACAAAACCGGUGUCACGCAUUACUUCAGUCUGGAAAAGGCCGAGAAGGAGCUAGGCUACAAACCUGAGCAGAGUAACCUAAAAGAAGUGGUGGAGUGGUUUAAGGCCCAGGGCCAUGGGUGCAAACCCAGAACAUACACCCUGAAACAUCUGCUUAGGCAUACAGCACUCAUUCUGCUCUUUUCCGUGGUGCUCCUUUUGUGGUUACCCAAAACAGUGAGGGGAUCUGACAGGGAGACCUAACAAACGAGAAUUUCAAAAUGGUGCUAAAUUAAGACUAAGACAGGAAUCGUUCCUUUAUUUUUUUUCUGGUGUCUGUGGAAGAGUCACAUGCUGGACUGCUCUCUGUGUACCACAUUUUGAUUCCCCCCUUUCUCCAAGGACUUCAGAGUGGUGCAUCUGGUUUUCCCAUCCCCAUUUUCUCCUCACAACACUCCUUUGAGGUAGAUUAGACUUGAGAGUGAGUGGCA